AUGUUAAAGAAGGCUUCUAAAGUGUUAUCGGCAUCAAAACGGCCUCAAGUCUUUGGAAUGGUCCAUUUCCCAGCCCUUCCCGGGUAAGUGUUACCUAUUUUUGUCUAAAUUAAUGUCGUUUUGCUUUUAGAACUCCGCUAAACAAACUCUCAAUCGCCCAGAUAUCUAAUGUAGUUCGAAAAGAAGUCAGGCAAUAUGCGGAAGCGGGAGUGGACGGGAUCAUCUUCGAGAAUAUGCAUGAUUUACCUUAUGUUAGGUCCAAUUUGAUCGGACCGGAGAUUGUGGCGUCCGCUACAAGAUUAUGUGUUGAUGGAGUGAAUGAAUUGGGAGAAGACAGGUCAAAGUUCCUUUUGGGAGUCCAGAUUUUGGCGCAGGGGAAUAAAGAAGGGCUGGCUGUCGCUCAAAGUGCAGGUAGGCAAGUGUAAUACAAAAAAAUUGACAAAAUUUUUUUUUGGUUGAGCUCCAACCAAAAGAGCUCAAAUCUGUAUUCUAUGUCUUCUUGCGCCGAUAAAAGAAAUACUGAUCCGUCUUUUCAGGCCUAGACUUUAUUCGAGCCGAAUGUUUCAUCUUUUCUCAUGUGGCAGAUGAAGGUUGGAUGGACGGAUGUGCUGGUGAACUAUUGCGCUAUCGGCGUAAUAUUGGAGCUGAAGACAUUGCAAUUUUCACAGAUCUCAAAAAGAAGCAUAGUUCUCAUGCGGUAACCGCGGACAUUACACUUGCCGAUAGCGCGAAAGCUGGAGAAUUCUUUCAAGCCGAUGGUUUUAUUGUUACUGGGCAUGCCACAGGAGAAGCUGCGGUCCCAUCCGACCUUGAGGGUAUGUACUUUUCUUUUGUUUCCAUGUUUUGACCAGCUGGUUUCAAUGAAAGGAAGAUUUGACCAUUUUGAGUCAAUUGUUCCGCUAUCAGUUUUUACUGCGACAGUUCUGAUGAAAAUAAUUUCAGAAGUCCAGAGAGUCUCAAAAUUGCCAGUACUCAUCGGUUCAGGCGUUACAUUGGAGAAUUGGAGGAGUUAUUCGCAUGCCGACGGAUUCAUAAUCGGAUCUCAUUUCAAGGUCAAUGGAGAUUGGAGGAAUGAAGUCUCAGUCCCAACUGUCAAGAAAUUUAUGAAUAGCGUCAAAAACAACGGACAAUCUGCAAGAAACACGAGGAAUUCGGGAUCAUCCGAGUAUUUAGAAUACUAA